AUGUCGCAACAAAGUGUAACCUUCCUGAGUCAGAGCUCAGGCAGACUCUUUAAGCCGGCGAAGGCCGAAGGUGGUACCGCACGCUUUCAUCAAGGGAUUGCGGUAUUCUAUGACUGUUUGCGUAGAAUUGCGUAGAAGAAUUGAUUUUCUGUGCUUCGGCAGAGGACAAACUUGAUGUCUAACACAACUUUGUUUCGAUCACAUACACAUUAUCUCAAUGAACACUUCCAUUUUUAUCUCGAACUCAAUUACUUUUUUCCAUCACAGUCAGAUAUAUUUGAUAUGCAUCAUCCUUCACAAUAACAAAUGAAUCCACAACUACUCACAUUCAUGAUCACCCACGACACGCUCACGCUCAUCCCACCAUAUGAAUUAAGUACAACUUAUUAAGGGUCGUUUUUCUUUUUUGCUAUCCUUCUGAGAAUCUCACUACAGGAUCCCAAUUUUUUGAAAAAAUCAACAAACAGGGCACUCUCCUUCUGAAAAGAGAAACCGAAGCAGAUGUCCAACGGUUGGCUGGAGAAGAGAAGGAGAAUGAGUAUCUUCGCGAAAAGAACCGCGAAAUGAGGCUGUGCGAAUACCACUAUGCCACAAGCAUAAAAAUGGGAGAUGUACUAUCUUAUUUAUUUUCAUGUGGAACUUUUUUGACUAUCUAAGGUUUACCCGCUUAUUUACGUUUAUCAUUGCAGAUUCUUGGCGAAUAGAUUCACAUCUUCAUGAUCAUGAAAUGUUGAUCAUGAAUUGCAAAUGUUUCUUGUUGGGAUGUUUGAAAUGAACUUCGAGAAUCUACGACUCCUACAACUAGAAUCAUAAUCUGUAGUACUGAGAACGAAAACUCAGGAACGAAAGCGACUUGGAGUCUUGGACAUCCCGCCUAAACCAGUUGCGUCUAUUCCGGGAUACAGCGGGUUUAUCCCACGCAAAGAAGCGGCAAAUGUCAUCGGGACGACUUAUAAGAUCGGUACCGUUCAUCUCUAUAAUUGUGGUACUAGAAUAGAACAACCGGUUAGUUUUUACUUCUAGAGAUUUUUCCCUUGCAACAAUAUAAUUGUGGUACUAGAACUAGAGGUAGUUUACUAGUACUUCUUUGACAUCAGAAGUUUUACUAAGUUUAAGUUAAAGUUUACUAUGUUACCUCAAGUAGUGCAACAUACUGCUGUUAUUUGACAUCAGUUUUAAUGUUAUGCGGCAUGAUCGCGGCUUUCCGAGUACUAGUUCUGAAUUCUUCACACCCCCAUUCCACUGUGAAAGCUUUCUUAAGACACUGUCAGAGUCUUUCACAUACAAAGUACACGUCUUCUCACCAUGAUCCCACAAUGUCCCCAGGUAACCUCCAGUCAGCAGAGGUAUUUGCCAGCGAGCAGGACGCGAGCCGGAAGAAGUUCAGUAAUAUCCUGAAGCCAGACUCAACUCUGAAGACACCAGAUAACUAUUAACUGGUUUGAAACUUCGAAAGAUGUUACUUGAUUUAGUUGUAGUAAAUGACUGAGAACUUCAACUCCAUCGUGAUUCACGUCCUCUUGACAAUACAGCUUUACAUUCAUCAAGUCCUCAGAUAGAAGGGGACACACCUAAACAUUUCAGUAGUAAACGCACAUUAUGACAACUGAGUUAGCUAUUACGGACAAGUUACAAACAUUUCAUAAGUAGAUUUGCCAACAGCUUCGAUUUUCUUGUACUGAACUACGUUGUGGGCUCCCCUACUACGCACCUUGGAUAGAUACCCAUUGCGCUUAACCAAAGACCUUGACCUUCUUCAAAUUUACAGCCUGUUCGUUUUUCACAACUAACGACAUUGUCAUACGAAAAGUACCAGAAAACGCAUCCAAAUAUAUAAUAUGAAGUAGAGCUGAUCAUCGGGUUUUCGGAUGAUAUUUCAUGCCGUAAAUGAACUAGUAAAUCAGUAUAGAAAUAGAGGAAAGCACUGUUGCAUUGCCCUCUUCCUAGUCUAUGCAAGAAUAAUGAAUCGAAUCUUCACAGCAAUGAAUGUUGCCGUGAUUCCGCCCUAAAAAUGCUCAUUGACGCAUAUCGAAAAUGAU